AUGUUGGAUCCCCUCAAUAACACGAGCUUGGAUGGCAACCACUCCUCCAUCCAACCAGACAUCCGACCCAUCAAAUCUCUCCGUCCGAAACUUCCCACCAGCCGUGAAAGAAAGCAAGUCGCCUUUGUUCCCACCAUGAAGAUCCUGAAGGAAGAGUUUCCUCGCGACGAGGAAGAAAGCAGCGUCGGCGCUUUCUCACACAAGGCAACCCGCAAGAUCAUCGAGCCUUCGCCCCUCCCUCACAGCAUCUUCUCCCGCAUGAAGCACAACUACGAACUCAGCAAAGGUUCUUCGAGAUCUGGAACGACUCUCCCUCAGCACACUGAAGACAGCUCUAAUUUGGAUAUUCGCAACGCUGAAUCAUGGCGCUCGUUCGACAACCGCUUCACCGAAGAGUUCUCCAACCACCGUAAGCAGCCUUCUCGCAUGUCGACCAAGCUGGAAAGCUCGGCACCUGCCCUGAGAUCCCUACAGCAAUCGCGGCGUCACCAGCCUUGCUCUUCGAACUCGAGCAACUACUCCAACGUGGCUGUCCAUGGACCUUCGAACGCUGCCAUCUCCAAAUCAGAGGCCACGCCUUCUCACCUUGAUCGCUUUGCCUUCUACGGUCAGGAUCCUAGCCGUGUCUUUGGUUCUUCCAACGGUGGAGAACAUACAUCUGUCUCUCCAGCUGCCCGCAGUGCAGGCGGCCCUGUCACCCCUAAGGCUGUUCGUCGCAAGCCCGCAGUCUCCAACUUCAGUAGGAUCUCGACCUCCGCUGUUUGGGGCUCAGAGCGCUCCACUUCCCCUGCAGCUGAUCUUGAUCGUUCUUAUGGCAAGCAACCUCCUUUGAGAGACAUGCUUGGUCCGGAAUGGUAUGAGUUGUUACGAGACUCAGCUGUUGAGCCAGAGCAGCUCUGCGAAGACCUUAUCGAGUACUUCGAUGGCCUGGGUAUCUCUGGUAGAUUGGUUUACUGCUUUGGCUUCUGUGCCAACGAGUCUGCUAUUCGCCUGGAGCCCCUCAGAGACGGUCACAGAAUCAGUAACGGUAGUUACAGCAUCGCUCCAGAUAUCCGCACCAUCACUCUCUUUACUCGACCUGCUCAGAUGCUUCUCUUGGACUCUGACGAACCUGCAUGUUCGCACAUCCAACCUGUCCCUUGCAUUGAGUUGACCGACGGCUUGACGAAAAGUAUCCACCGCCUUCAACAUGAACAGGACGACCGCGGUACUACGCAAGGAACUAUCCAGGCUGGCAGUCAUCACACUUAUGUCGACGACUCUCUCGAAUCUGUCGCCGGCAAGGAGGUCUAUGCUGCUGUGGAAGUGUACUGCCCCAACUGGUUCAAGAACAACCGAAAGCAUCCUCACAUUGCGGUUCGUGCCGGAACCUGGCACAGGAAUUACCGCGGACCUGACAGCCCUCCUGCAGGAGGUGAUGCAGGAGCCUCCCCAUCUACACCAAACGAUGAUGCCGCUGCCAGUAGUGCUGUCGGUCAUGGAGCCGUCAAUGGCACUAGACGCCACCAGUCGACCUCUCAGGCUCCUACCCGUCACACGGCAGCAAAGCACCUCACAAGUCUGACCAACGCAAAGUCACUUUCCAUCCCUAGCUACGACUCUCUCCACCCUCGCACGAAGCCAGAGGUCACGGACAAGCCCACCGUACAGCCCCGCGUCUCUCAGGCCCAUGAUCUCGUUCCGCGCCAGGCCAGUGCUUCCAGCAAAAAGCGCAUCGAGAAGAUCACUGGACAGGAGGCACAAAGACUUUCUGGAACCAGUCCCAAGGUGACCUUUGAAACACAAGCCAAACAGGGCACCGUGAAGUCCGCCACCAGUCACACUGAAAGGCCUGCCCGUCCCGUUGAAGGACCUUACGACAGACCCGCCCGAUGGGUCUCGCCUUGCACCGGCGGAAAGCUCUUGGGCAAGCUUUUCAUCAGAACUGAGACAAUGUUCGUCCACCGUCGUGUCGCUGCUCAGUACAAGCAACCGCGCCCCUCUCUUCCUCUCGCCGAUGCACCUGUCCGCAGGCGUUCCCAUCGCCACAAGCUCGACGAGCAGCACAGUACAUCGCUCGCGGACGAGCCUUCGCCGAAGGAUCAUGGUGUCGGCGGCAAGAAGAAGAAUGGCUCGCCUAAGAUCAAGUAUGCUUUGCCCGCCGCCAUGACCGCUCAGAAGCAUCGUCCUGCCAGCAAGCAGAAUCGUCGCAAUGAGUCGCCUCGGGACAGCAGCAAGUCUGAUGCGGUCCAGGAUAACGUCAGCUGGAUCGCUGAGCACUUCCAUACUUUGUUGUGA